CCUUGUAACAGAACCACAUGGUUUCAAAGACUUAGGUACCAAGACCCACGCCUCUCUCCGUCCCAAACUUCCACGGUCCUCCAGGACCAUAGAGAACAGAGCGAAGACAGCUCCUCUCCGCACUACCUCCCCCAGGGAGCAGCGAGACGAGCUGAGGGCCAGAGCGGCCGGAAGUGAAGCCAGCCGGGGGUCGUGCUGGCCGCGCUGGCGGUGUGUCGACUCUAUUCCCCUUGUGCUUUCUUGUGGGCCUCAGGAAGAGCAGGCCCCAGAUGGACACUGGGAAGGACGAGGAAAGUCUGCCGCAGUCUUCGGGGCCGCCCACCAAGAAGAAGUUUGUUAUCCCACUGGAGGAAGACGAGAUCCCUCCUGCAGGGGUCAAGCCCUUAUUCAGAUCAUCCCGGAACCCCAGCACUACAGCAAACUCAGCCCAAGUAGCUCCUCAGACAUACGCCCAGUAUGCCAUUGCCCAACCUCCAGGAGGGGCUGGGGCCACAGGGUACACAGGCUCUGAACCUGUGAAAGGAGAGAACCCCAGCCAGACCCUGAAAACAGGAACCAAAUCCAAUAGCAUCCUGGUGAGCCCGCGGCAGAGGGGCAACCCUGUAUUGAAGUUUGUGCGCAACGUUCCCUGGGAAUUCAGCGAGGUGACCCCUGACUAUGUGCUGGGCCAGAGCACCUGCGCCCUCUUCCUCAGCCUCCGCUACCACAACCUCCAUCCAGACUACAUCCAUGAACGGCUGCAGAGCCUGGGGAAGACCUUUGCCCUGCGUGUGCUGCUGGUCCAAGUGGAUGUGAAAGACCCUCAGCAGGCCCUGAAGCAGCUGGCUAAAAUGUGCAUUUUAGCAGACUGCACCCUGGUCCUGGCCUGGAGCGCGGAGGAAGCAGGGCGGUACCUGGAGACCUACAAGGCAUAUGAGCAGAAGCCUGCUGACCUCCUCAUGGAGAAGCUGGAGCAGAACUUCCUGUCCCGGGCUACAGAGUGUCUGACCACUGUGAAGUCAGUCAACAAGACCGACAGCCAGACCCUCCUGGCUACAUUUGGAUCCCUUGAACAGCUCUUCACUGCCUCACGGGAAGAUCUAGCCUUGUGCCCAGGCCUGGGCCCCCAGAAGGCUCGCAGGCUCUUUGACGUCCUCCAUGAACCCUUCCUCAAAGCGCCCCGGUGACCCGCUGCCACUGAGGCUCCAGUGUCGCAAUAAAGCGUUUUCCAGGCCCAGG